AUGAAGGAAGUGUUCCCUGAGACAAGUCCUACGCCAUUGCGCCCGCUCGGACAUAGGGAAAAGUAUUCAGCAACACGGAGUCACUUGGAAAUGUAUCUCAACGUGGGUCUGACAGUCCGCUACAAGCGGGCAAGCGGAGUACCCGUGAAACCCGCACUCUAUCACGCUUUGUCGAUUCUCAUCUCGAAGCAUCCUAUACUUUCGGCCAUUCCAUUUGCUGUUGAUACACCAAAUCCCUAUUUUCUACGCCUUCCCAAGAUCACACUUAAUGACGCGGUGGGGUUUGUGAAAUAUGAUGGUCAUCCUCCGAGCUCGGAUUGGAGAGAUGCCCUCGACAAGUUCCUUGAGGAGCAACACAGUUGCACCUUCGAGGUACAGCCAAACAAGAAUCCUCCAUUCUGGAAGUUAUAUUUUCUAGAGAGCAACGAGUUUCCCACACAUUUCACUCUCGUGUUCAUAUUUCAUCAUUCGCUGAUGGACACCAAAAGCGCUCUUUCGUUUCAUGAGGAGCUAGAAGAAUAUAUUGCUCAAUAUAACGGUCUUGAGCCAAGUGAGACGAUCUAUAGCCCCACCGAUGCGCUUAUUCCUCCACUAGAAGACUUAUAUAAGCUCCCUGUAUCGCAGAAUUUCUUGCAAGCUCAAGAGAAGUACCACGAGCCAUCUCGACUGCUGCUCCCUAGUUCGCGCCCGUGA